CAAAUAGUGACGUGUUUCAGUAGGUUUUAAUAAAAAUGUAUUAUUCUGUAAUACUACUGUUCUUUAGUGUUUUUAUUUUACAAGGAGAGUGCCUUUCUGAAGAAAUGAGAGCUAAAAUAAUGGAUAUACAAAAAGAGUGCAAUGCUGCCACAGGAAUAGAUGAUCAAGCAGUAGCCCAAGCCUUGGCGGGAAAUUUCCCCACAGACGACAAGUUUAAAAAAUUCGUUUUAUGCUUCGGUCAGAAGAUUGGUUUUCUUGACGCAGAAGGUAAUCCAAACAUCGCUGCUAUUUCCGAAGCAAUGAAGAAAAAUUUUGGUGAUCAAAUGUCAACAGAUGUAAUUAUGGGGUGUACGAAAAAAGAAAGCACACCAGAGGAAACUGCUUUUAAUGUAUUUAAAUGUUCAUUUAAGGUUAUUCAUAUGUAAAUUUGAAUAAUAAAAUAGAGAGAUAAAAAUGUUUAGAGUAUAUGUAAAAUGUUUUUAAAAUCAAUAAGAAAAUAUCUUCAUACUCAUUAGACUUUUAAUUAUUUCAAACAAAAAUUAAAUAAUAUUUUACAUUAUUAAAUAUAACAUUUUUUGCAAUAAAAAUUUUC